AUGGAUCUGUCAAAAUACACUCAAUGCCUUUCGCAAUGGCCCGAGCAUCUGGCUCCGGGUCUGCCGACUAUCGGUGCGCUGCUUCUGCUUGGAACUGGUGGGCUGGUCGUCGCGUGUAAGGUCUGGUCGUUCUUGCGGGUGCUUCUCAGCCUGUUUGUGCUUCCUGGCAAGCCGCUUCGCUCGUUCGGUCCCCCCGGUAGCUGGGCCGUCGUGACCGGCGCCUCGGAUGGUCUCGGAAAGGAGUUCGCGCUGCAGCUGGCGCGUGCCAAGUUUAACAUUGUCCUUGUCUCUCGAACGGAAUCGAAGCUGGUCACGCUGGCGGAGGAGAUCACAAAGCAAUAUCCCAAUGUCGAGACCAAGAUCCUGGCGAUGGACUUCGCGCGCAACGCGGACGAGGACUACAAGGCCCUGGGUGCCCUCGUCUCUGAUCUGGAUGUCUCCAUUCUCGUCAACAACGUCGGCCAGAGCCACUCUAUCCCCGUUCCGUUCGUCCAGACUUCCGCCGAGGAGAUGACCAACAUCAUCACAAUCAACUGCAACGGUACUCUGCGCGUCACCCAACUCGUCGCUCCUGGCAUGGUUCAGCGCCGCCGCGGUCUGAUCUUGACCAUGGGUUCGUUCGGUGGUCUCCUCCCUACCCCCCUGCUGGCCACCUACUCCGGUAGCAAGGCCUUCCUGCAGCAGUGGUCCACGGCUCUUGGCUACGAGCUGGCUCCCUACAACAUCGAGGUGGAGCUCGUUCAGGCUUACCUGAUUACCUCCGCCAUGUCCAAGAUCCGCCGCGCUUCUGCUACCAUCCCCACUCCGCGGACCUUUGUUCGUGCCGUGCUGUCCAAGAUUGGUCGCAGCGGUGGUACCUCUUCCUACGCUUACAGCUCGUCUCCUUACUGGAGCCACGGUAUCAUGGCUUGGUUCCUGACCUCGGUCACGUCGCCUUUCAACAAGUUCGUGGUGUCUCAGAAUGGCGCCAUGCACGAGACUAUUCGCAAGCGUGCCUUGCGCAAGGCGGAGCGAGAGGCUCAGAAGAAGAGCACUUGA